UUUGGCAACUUACCGUUGUGGGGCUUGUUAAUUGUUCGCUAUAGGCUCAGCCGAUCGACUCCGAGCUGGCUGCGAAAUUACUUGGCCGUGGUGUCGCAGUGUCCCCUGUCGUUACGGUUGAACCGAGAAGGCGUAAGUUCCACAAAGCCAUCACGCUCAGCAUGCCGGCGCCGAGGGCGCACAGCCAGGGUAUGAUUAACCAGUACUCUGGGUCAGUACCGACGCUGCGAUUGCUCUGCUCGAUUACAGGUGGAACAACACGGGCUCAAUGGGAGGAUGUGACAGGUUCAACUCCAUUGACUUUUGUCAAUGACUGCGUCUCAUUCACGACCACCGUUUCGGCACGGUUCUGGCUGAUGGACUGCCGUAAUAUCAGCGAAGCCACCAAAAUGGCUACUGAACUAUACAGGGAAGCGAUUCAUGUGCCUUUCAUGGCCAAGUUUGCAGUAUUUGCAAAGCGAACGGAUCCAUUAGAAGCGCGAUUACGCGUAUUUUGUAUGACUGAUGACCGAGAAGAUAAAACACUGGAACAUCAAGAACACUUCACAGAGGUAGCAAAAAGUCGUGAUGUUGAAGUCCUGGAAGGAAAAACUCAAUAUAUCGAGUUGUCUGGCAAUCUAGCACCUGUUACGAAACCAGGAGAUCAGCUACGCCUUUCAUUCCGGGCUUUCCGCGAAAACCGUCUUCCAUUCUCAGUGCGUGUGAAAGAUCCGCACGCAGACGCCGUAGGUCGCGCACUAUUUAUGCGUGAACCUCGUGUAGCAAAGGGUGAACCACCCCAGCAGCCGGUAUGUGCCCUAAAUAUAAUGCUACCAGCGGAAAGUGCUGAUGAGCCGUCAGCAUAUUCAACUCCACAACGUCGAGCUGUCCGACCAUAUUCUCUUCGUGUUGCCGAUGUGAGUAACUUGUUAGCAGAUGACUGGGAGCGAUUAGCUGUGGAGCUUGAUAUUCCGGAGUCGGAGAUACGAAAUAUUCGUGAACGGCAUCCGGAUCGCGUUGCUCAGCAAGCACAAACAAUGCUUACAUAUUGGCAAACUCGAGCCGCAGACAAACCAAUAGGCAUGACCCUCGAAUUAGCUCUUAGGAGAAUAGGACGAGAUGAUAUAGUUCCUCAUUGCGCUAAUGUUGAAGGAAGAGAAUCUUUACUUCCUGGACAAUAUUAUGAGACGGAUAUAAUGAAAACAUCUGAGUCUGUAGAAGAAUUAAUCCACCCCGAAGAUAACCGAUUAAGGAACAUGCGCGAGCGCGUAGAUAAGUACAUGGCGGAGGAAAAGGAUGUUGAAGACGAAGAAGCCAAUUCAAAACGUACUGUUGCUGAGAGAAGAAUAGAAAUUGAGAAGCGUCUCUCCGCUGAGCGUCAAAUACCAGCAUCAACGCAGAAGAGUGAGAUUGUCCAGGAAAUAACUGACAUUAAACGCCAUAGUGUAGUCGAAGAUACAAUAUCAAAACAUGAAGAUGUCAUUUUAUCACAAAAACUAGACACACAAAAACCAGACCAUAUAUCUAUAGCACCGAUAAAAACGACCAUUACCACAGUAACGACUCGUGUAACAGAGUCUAGUAAGACUGAUCCAUCAGAGAAACAUAUAGAAAUAGUUAAAAGUACAACCAAAACAGGUAUCCCUGUGCCACUUGAUAGCGAUUUAGAAGCAAAAUUAUCGGCACAGAAAGAAAAGAUCGACACUUCCGCAAAACGCGCCGAACAAAUAUUAGUUACCACCACAAUUAAAGAAAUAACUACGGAUACCAAAGCACCAAAAGUAGAGACGAUAACGACAAAAACAAAAGAUUACGACCCAAAACGAUCAACAUCACCCAGCGACCAGAGAAGAGAUUCCGCGUUGUUGGAAGGAGUUACUGAAAGUCUCGGAAAAUUGGAGACUACAACCUACAAGAUUACGACAGCUGACGUUGCUGAUGAAGUUGGCUCACCAAAAGUGGGUAAAACGCCUCCACCAAGUCCUGCGGAAUUCAACCUACGCGAUCACAUCUCAACUGCAGAAAGAUCAUACGGCCAAGUUGCUAUCAUCGCUUGCAAUCACAAAGCUAUGUUUGCUACCUGCAUUGUAAGAUAA